CAAUCCCCCUCAAAAAACAAAAACAAAAACAAUUGUUCACGAUCGUCCCCAUCUUGCUGCAAUCUCCACCGAGUACAGACACCGGCGAUGGCCGCCGCCCUCCGCUCCUCUUCCGCUGCCGCCGUGCACCGCUUCCUCCGCAUCUCGCCGUCCACCUUGUCAACGCUCCCGUACGCCUCACGUCCUGCUGCGGUGCCGCCUUUCUCUCCCUCGAUCGCCGCCAUCUCAGGUGGCAACAAUGCUUUCUCAUGGAACUUCAGGCGCUUGCUCAGUUCAAAUGAAAAACAUAUGUCUGCAAUGUCUGACCCACAAAUUGAAUCUGCUGUUAAGGAUUUGAUGGCUGCGAGCUGGAGUGAACUUCCACAUUCUCUUGUAGAGGAAGCAAAGAAAGCAGUAUCCAAAUCCACUGAUGAUGCGGCGGGUCAAGAGGCUUUGAAAAAUGUAUUUCGUGCAGCUGAGGCAUGUGAAGAAUUUGGUGGAGUUUUAGUUACCCUAAGAAUGGCUCUUGAUGAUCUUUGUGGUCUAACAGGCGAGAACGUGGGCCCUUUGCCUGGUUAUGUUGAAGAUGCUGUUAAGUCCACAUUUAAUAGGUACAUGACAUAUCUAGAAUCCUUUGGGCCUGACGAACAUUUUCUACGAAAGAAGGUGGAAAAUGAGUUGGGUACCAAAAUGAUUCACCUUAAAAUGAGAUGCAGUGGCAUAGGAUCCGAGUGGGGAAAGAUCACCUUGAUAGGCACCUCAGGGAUCUCUGGGUCCUAUGUUGAGCUAAGGGCGUGAGGGAAGUCCCCAAAUUAGAGCUGUGCAGAACAUGGAUGGAUUGAAGCAAAGCUGCUUCAUCAGAAUGAGGUGUUGCAUAUCGUUUUCAUUUCCUUUGUAGCUAGCAUGCCAAUAACGCUGAAAUCUUGGCGCCCCAAGCUGCUGUAAUAAUAGCAAGUCCCUGGUUCAUGUUAAUUUUGUUUCACUCCUGGAUAGGAAAGGUGAUUUUUGUUUUAUGUAUUGAAUUUGUUAAAAGGUACUCCACCCAUCCCAUAAUGUAAGACCAUUUUGCAAGCUAUGUGACGGAGGGAGUAGUAUAAAAUAUAUAGUCAAGAAAGAA